AUGGCAGUGACAAUGUCACCAUCAGCUGCCUUGAGGGCCUUCACCGCCUUCCCCCGCGACACACCGGCCUGGGUCAUCACCAGCUCAAUGUCCUUGGGGUCAACGCCGGAUUCGUCCACGUCCUCCUCAUCCUGGGCCGCGGCUGCCGCCGCUGAUGACUCGGCCUUGGAAAGGACGUGGCUCAGGUCGGCGGUCUUGAACUGCUCCGCCGCCUGCGUCUGCAGCUGCGAGCUCAGGUCCUCAAUCUUUGCCUCCCCAAAGAUCACGUAG